AUGGAGCAGCGCAGAAGGGAUGAGGAGCGAGACCAGGACAUGGCCUACUUAAAGACACAGAUGGACUUGCUGAUCAAGCACUUGCUGUCAGAAGAUGAGGUAAUUGUUGAUAAACCCAAAGAAAGUAAUCCAGUGGAGUCUGAGAAGCUGGAUAGUUCUGCUGAUGAUUCAGAGAAGGAAAAUGAGAAGGAAGAGGAAGUGGUGUUAAUGACUAUCCCUAGACCACCACCCCCCUUUCCUCAACAAUUGAAUAAAAAGGUCGAUGAUACAAAAUUCGAGAAAGGUCAGCAGUGGGCAGGUGGACAAUCUCCACCAUUCAACGCGGUUUCCAUACGAUUCUUAGUGCAAAAGAAGGCUGUCCCAGGAGCGUUCACUAUUCCGCGCAAAGUUGGGUCUCUGGAUGUUGCAAAGGCAUUAUGUGAUUUGGGUGCCAACGUGAAUCUGAUGCCACUGGCUGUAUAUAAGAAGCUCGAUUUAGAAGCUCUGGCACACACUAACAUGCGAUUGGUAAUGGUAGAUAGGUUGAUAAAAUGGCCUAUUGGAAUUUUGCAGGAUGUGUUGAUGAAAGUAGCAGAUUAG